AUGGCAGAGCCGAGGGAGCAGCUCCAGCCGCCGGAGAAGAAAGAGGAGGAAGUGCCCGAUUAUUUCGCGGCCCUCGGCACCUGCAGCCCCAAGCCCCGGCAGAAGUACGGAGGGAUGUUUUGCAAUGUGGAGGGCGCCUUCGAAAACAAGACGCUGGACUUCGAAUCGCUCGGCGGAGGGAGGCGAGGGGGCAGCAACCAGAAGCUCAGUCGAGGGGACCUCAGCCAGCUCUCCAGCGGGUCGGAGGGGCAGAGCGAAGCCAGCAGCGGCAGCCAAAGUACCCCGGUCCUCACACCCGCGGGGCCGCCGUCAGUUGGAGUAGCGGAGGAAUUACCCAAUGGCUGCCAUCAGGUAACCGGGGGAGGAAGGCGCUGGGGACGGUCAUUGGAGGAUAUGCGCUAUGGGGCUAAACUUUUGAGGGUGCGAGAUAAAGCUGAACCAGCGCUCUGUCUGUCUGUCCCGCAUAGAAAUGUUUCAGGGAUGUAUUUAACGACCUGA